AUGUGGCAAUUUAAUAACGAUUCAAAUCUUAAAUUUACAACACUUCCUGAGAUUUUAAAGAGACCUGAUGCUAAAAUAAAAUAAAUAAGCAUAGAUAAUAAAUUAUAAUAGGAGGAAUAAAUUGAAAAUACUGAGAUUCGACCAAAAAAAGUACAUAUGAAACCAAGAUUACCAGUUUUAUCUAAUUUAUUAUUGAAACCAAAGUAGACUCCUACUUCACCUAAAUAAAAUAAUGAAGAAAAUUAAGUUAUAAAGAAAUAAAGAAUAGAGACUGUUAGAUCAGUAGUUUAAAUUCGAUCAAAUUCAAAUGCACCUUAAAUGGUAAAGAAAAUAACAAGUGAAAAAUUAGAAAUAAAGGAAACAACAUUAAAAGAAUUAAAACCAUAAAAAAAAAUAGUGACAAUAGAUGAUUAUGAAAUAUAGGAAGUUAUUGGUUAAGGUUCAUAUGCUAUCGUUAGAAAAGGAAUUCAUAAAGUUCAUGGUGAAAUUGUAGCAAUAAAGGUUUAUUCUAAAGAAAGACUUUACGAUCCUUAACGUGCUAGAGCUGUAGCAAAAGAAAUUCAAAUUCUUCGAUAAUGCAAUCAUAAAAAUAUUAUUCAUUUAAUUAAAGUAGUAGAAUCAAAUAAAAAUGUAAAUUAUAAAUUUUAAUAUGUUUUAGAUAAAUUUAAUUAUGGAAUAUGGAGGAGAUUAAUCAUUGAAAAAAGUGAAAAAAUUAUCAGAAUUUGAAAUAUAAUUAGUUUUCUUUUAAUUACUAAAAGCUGUCAGUUAUUUACACAAUAAAAAAAUAAUUCAUAGAGACAUUAAAUUGGAUAACAUUUUAAUGAAUUCAUAAAAGUAAAUUUAAAAUAACUAUAAAGAGAAAUUAAACUAAUUGAUUUUGGUUUUGCUACAGAAAUAGAUGGAUUUAUAAAUACCACUUAUGGAACUCCAUCCUAUAUGAGUCCAGAAAUACUCCCUCCAAAUCCUAGAUACAAUGAAAUGACAGAUAUCUGGAGUUGUGGAGUUGUACUUUAUGCUUUAUUGUUUAAUAAGUUUCCAUUUAGUGGUCAUACAGAAAAAGAAUUACAAUUUAAAAUAAAAAAAUAAGAAUUGCAAAUUUAAUCAUCUGAUGAAGAGAUUGUAGAAGUUUUAAUUAGUAGUUUAGAAAGAAAUGUUGAUAAAAGGAAAACAGCAGAUUAAUUAUUAAAAACACUAUGGAUGAUUUGCUUAGAUUGA